AUUCAACCAUGGUCUGGCCCCCCAUAUUGAUUGCUACUCCUUCCCCUAUUCUUCUGUAAAUAACUCUUUAUAUAGAUGCAUCUCUUCUCUCCUCAUCCCUCACACCCUUCUUCUCCUUCUCCAGCUUCUUCGUCUUCUGCGUUUUUCCUCCCACGUUCCAGGGAAAAGUUUCAGUUUUUCUCUCUCUUGUCUUUCUCGUGCCAGCACACUGUUGGGCUCUAUCUCAACUGUUUGCAGAAGAACAUUUCAUCUGGGUUUUCUCAGUUGAGUACCCAUUUUGGUUUUGGGUUUGGAAGCUACCCAUGCCUUAGAAGGUGUUUCUGGUUUCUAGUUUCUAGUUUCUAGUUUACCGGCGGUGGUGUGAGUUUAAAACAGGUGGGGUCCGCAGAUCAGAUGGAUGCAUCCACGGUUUUAUUGCUCUUAGCGAUAAUUACGGCUUAUUUAAUAUGGUUCAGAUCAAUCACACGGUCUCUGAAGGGUCCACGUGUCUGGCCGGUAGUAGGUAGUCUCCCGCUCCUUAUUCAGAACGCCAAUCGCAUGCACGAGUGGAUUGCCGAAAACCUCCGCUCAUGCGGCGGCACGUACCAGACCUGCAUUUGCCCGAUUCCGUUUUUAGCCCGGAAGCAGGGUCUCGUGACCGUCACGUGUGACCCGAAGAAUCUGGAGCAUAUUCUCAAGAUCCGGUUCGAUAAUUACCCCAAGGGUCCGACUUGGCAGGCAGUGUUCCAUGACCUGCUCGGUGAGGGGAUCUUCAAUUCUGAUGGCGAAACGUGGCGGUUCCAGCGUAAGACCGCCGCACUGGAAUUCACUACCCGGACUCUGCGCCAAGCCAUGGCUCGCUGGGUCACCCGCGCCAUUAAGCUGAGGUUUUGCCCGAUACUGAAGAAGGCUCAACUCGAGGGCAAGCCGGUUGAUCUCCAAGAUCUGCUGCUUCGGCUCACUUUUGACAACAUCUGCGGCUUGGCUUUUGGGAAGGACCCGCAGACGCUGGCUCCGGGGCUCCCCGAGAACAGUUUCGCUACGGCUUUCGACCGAGCCACGGAAGCCACCCUGCAGCGCUUUAUUCUGCCUGAAUUUAUAUGGAAAUUGAAGAAAUGGCUCCGGCUUGGGUUGGAAGCCAGCUUGACCCACAGCCUGGGGCACGUGGACAAGUACCUGUCCGACGUCAUCAGCACACGCAAGCUUGAGUUGGUGAGUCAGCAGCAAGGUGGGUCCCCUCACGAUGACCUCCUCUCACGGUUCAUGAAGAAAAAGGAAGCCUACUCUGACAAUUUCCUCCAACACGUGGCGCUCAACUUCAUCCUAGCUGGACGUGACACGUCAUCAGUAGCUCUGAGCUGGUUCUUCUGGUUGGUCAUUCAAAACCCAAGGGUGGAAGAGAAAAUUUUGACUGAAAUCUGCACCGUUCUAAUGGAGACACGUGGCAGUGACACCUCAAAGUGGGUUGAAGAACCCCUAGUAUUUGAAGAAGUUGACCGAUUGAUAUACCUUAAGGCAGCAUUAUCUGAAACCCUUAGGCUAUACCCCUCAGUUCCAGAAGACUCAAAGCAUGUAGUCGUCGACGACGUCCUGCCCGACGGCACAUUCGUUCCGGCAGGAUCGGCAAUCACCUAUUCCAUAUACUCGACAGGACGAAUGAAGUUCAUCUGGGGCGAAGACUGCCUAGAAUUCCGGCCAGAAAGAUGGUUAUCAGCAGAUGGUAAAAAAAUUGAGUUACAAGAUUCUUUCAAGUUUGUCGCCUUCAAUGCAGGUCCAAGGAUUUGCCUCGGCAAGGACUUAGCUUAUCUACAAAUGAAGUCCAUAGCAGCGGCGGUUUUGCUCCGCCACCGCCUCACGGUGGCACCGGGGCACAGGGUGGAGCAGAAAAUGUCACUGACAUUGUUCAUGAAGCAUGGCCUCAAAGUGAACGUGCAACCUAGAGACUUGACCCCAAUUUUAGCCAACAUUCCCAAGGCCGAACCCACGACUAAGGUCAAUGGUAACGUCCACAAUGUUUAUGAGGUUGAAAACCUUUCUGGGGUUGCAUAUUAGGGUUGGCAUUAUGGAUUUGUUUUCGGGUCUGUUCUACAAUAUUUUUCUUCUGGGGUUUGGAUGUGAUUUGUGAAUAUGAUGCCAUGUUAUAGUAAUUAAUUUGGUAGCAUCACAUGCAUGUCUUCAUGAUUUAUGGUCCCUUAAAGUCUGCAUGUCAUUACCUACAUACUAUCAAACUUCGUCAACAAGGAGGCUGCUCAGAGAAGAAGGUGAUCAGAGAUUGGGUUUUUCAUGCCUAUGCAAAUUUACGUUUUUCUUUUCUUUUUUUGUAAUUCUCUUUCCAUAUGUACUACUUUCCUCCAAAAAUGAAUAAUGAAUAAGAUAUGAAAGUCGAUUAUAUAUA